AUGUUGCCGCAGGCUGAAAAGGAGCAGAUGAACACAAAAGAAUGGGGCAGUCCGUCACUGCGGCUUAAGGAAAUGCCGCAGUUCGUGAUUGAGAAGCAAGGUCGCUUUGAUAAUGGUGUCUGGCACACCCGUGUCCUCACCGUCGACCCCAUGCAGUCCCUGCUCUACCUCAGCAAGGCCCACAAAGCAGAACAUCUGGACCACCGCUGCAUGAGCCGUAUCGACUUGGUGGAGCCGUGGCCGACAUAUGAUGCAGAAUGCAUACGCGAGGCGUUCGACAGUGAGCUGGCCGUUCGAACACUUUGUGUGAGGGGGCUGGUGGGAAUAAAAACUCAGUCGUUGCUCUCGAAGGUGCUUAAUAGCAUCAAGCUACAAAAGAAAGAGGGCGAGACACUCCCUGCACAGGUAGCCGAGACACCCUCUGCACAGGCGACCGAGACCCCUUCUCCCCUAUCAGAGCCAGGUGGCAUAGACUUGAAUCGUUCUCUGGAGACCGUCGAUCCAUCCGCGCUGUGCGCUCCCUGCAACUAUCCCUUUUAUGAGGAAGAAGUUUGGGUUAUACGCACCAUGACAGGAGGAGACGUACGCGACAUGAUCGACUCUCUUCGUGCCACACUUCCGGAGGCGUCUGUGAAGGGCCACGAACGGCUAAUGCAGAGGCUGGUGUACAUGGACUGA